AGUGUGAGUGUACUCGUCAGGCUGCUGCAGGCACCGCUCGCAGUUCAACAAUACCCGCAUCACCGACCCACUGAUAGGUGUGUGUGUUUGCAAGUCUCGGUGCGGAAGAUCCGGAGUCUGACUCGAGAGGAACGUCGCCACAGGAAGCGCCCUCACAUUGUGAGCUUCUCGAUUUAAUAACGUGUUGUGCGCUGGCGUCGCUGCCUGUUUCCAGGGUGUAGGAGAUGCCGAGGCAAGGAGUCACAGGUGGACGAGGAAGCGAGGACGUGUAGACCUCUUUGUUGUAGACUUCAGAACUCAGAACUCUGGGUGGACCGCUGCAGUCAAGGAGGUCCGCGGGCUGUAACUAGCGGGAGACCUGAUGACACUAGUUACACGACCCGUGGUGUGUAUAUAAGCUGCCUAUAACCGAUCUGUCUGUUGGAGGUGCGGGGAAGGAAGCCCGGAGGUUGUGCUUGUGGUGAGGAGUGGCCAUAAAGCAGAAGCGCUGACCGAUGAACUGACCAACACUCGCCGACGUUGACCCUGCAACCCCACUGUUGGACGGCAGGCGAGGUGAGGAAUGCACUCGUGUGCUCUCUGUAAGGAGGGAAGCUGUGGCUGAGGAGAGAGAGAGCACCGCUACCGCUGCCUUCCGUCCUGAUCUCUGGCCUCACUCACGUCACACCCGUACCCUGGCCGAGAGCUGCAGAUAUGGACUGCGUUCUGCCACAGCUCUCCAACACCUUGCUGACUGCAACAUGCAAACAAACGAGGAGAGGGUCAGGGAUAGAGUGAUCUACAUUGUGUUUGAGCUGGUGAUUGCUGUGCUGGCUGUGCUGGGCAACGUGCUGGUCUGCUGGGCCGUCUAUCUGAACAGCAACCUGCAGAACGUCACCAACUUCUUUGUGGUCUCGCUGGCUGUGGCGGACAUUGCUGUCGGGGUGCUCGCCAUCCCCUUUGCCAUCAUCAUCAGCACUGGUUUCUGCUCACUCUUCUACGGUUGCCUCUUCAUCGCCUGCUUCGUGCUGGUGCUGACGCAGAGUUCCAUCUUCAGCCUGCUCGCCAUCGCCAUCGACCGCUACAUUUGCAUCAAAAUCCCACUCAGAUACAAUAGCCUGGUGACGGGUCCACGUGCAAGAGGAGUCAUCUGUAUCUGUUGGGUCCUGUCCUUUCUAAUUGGCUUGACCCCGAUCUUUGGCUGGAACAAAUCCGAUUACAACAUAACGGUGCAAAUGAACGGGACUCCUCCACUAUGUGGGGACGGCAUGGUCCCCUGCCUGUUUGAAAAGGUGGUGCACAUGGACUAUAUGGUCUAUUAUAACUUCUUUGCCUGUGUCUUGGUCCCCUUGCUUUUAAUGCUGGGGAUUUAUCACAGGAUCUUCAUGGCUGCUCGCCAUCAACUCAAGCAGAUGGACUUUAAAAGCCUGCACCCGGAGAGAAGCAGGUCCACCCUGCAGAAGGAGGUGCAGGCAGCCAAGUCCUUGGCCAUCAUCGUGGGCCUCUUCGCUGCUUGCUGGCUGCCACUGCACAUCAUCAACUGUGUGAACCUCUUCUAUGCGGAGAGCCGUCUGCCAGAGAGCGUCGUCUACUUCGCCAUCAUCCUCUCACACGCAAACUCCGUUGUCAACCCCUUCAUUUACGCCUACAAGAUCAGAGAAUUCCGAAUGACCUUCCGGAAGAUUCUGAAGACACAUGUUCUGAGGAAAUCAGACCAGACAUUCACAAGGCAGAGCACGAGGCGCUCCAUUUACAUCAGUGGAGACAAUGUAAACAUUCAGAUCAAUGGAUGUGGCCUAGACCUUCUCAACACUGGUGACGAGCAAGGAGGGGUUGCAGAUAGAGACAUUGUCCAAAAUCGGCAUAUUCCAGUCCGCCGACCAAACGGGAACAGCCCAGGACACCCAAAAAAUGAAGAGUUUCUUUGUCGAGGCCAAGGAUUGCCCCAGGAGCGGGGUUUGUGUGGUUGUUGCCAUGUACAUCGCCACACAGAUUUUUCACACAAGGCUUCCAGCAAUGCUCUGACUGAUGCCUCCUGAGCAGCAACCAAACAAGGCUUCAACGUUGUCGUCACAGCAAGGCGCAGAGAGAGGGGGAGCGGGACGCAGGAAGAAUGAUAGCAGAGGUGUGUGAUGGAGCAGCCUGAUGCAGUGCUGGGCGCCCCUUGUGUUUGUUGGGGAACUGCUGCUCUCAUCUGGAGAGAGGACGGUGUUUGUCCUCACACUGAGUGCCGUGUCCCCUCUGAGGGCUGUACAUGUUGGCUGCCCGUGACUAAACAUCCAGUUCCUCUCAUAGUCCAGGUUGAGUCUAGACUCACUACAUUGCUCCUGACUGUUCACUCGGUGCACCUCAGAUGCUCUUAGCCCAACUGUCCCGGAUCCUUAAUGCUUUACAGCAGAUUGUUUUUGCUGCCUUCCAGUAUUUUAAUUGUGAACAAAUCGAUCCUCUAGAAAGAUCACUGUCUUAAGUUAGGUUCCUCUUUGGUGGUACAGAGUUAUACAGCAUGAAAACAGGCACUUCAGCCCAACUCAUCCCUUCUAAGCUAGUCUCAAGUGCCUGCAUUUGGCAGAUAUCCUUCUUGGUU